AUGCCCAUGAGUGAUGAUGAUGGAGUUGUCCGCCUUUGGGAUCCUCGGACACCUCCUGAAAAAGGCGCCGAAGCAUCUUCCCCAUUGCGUUCUUACGACCAUCAUUCUGACUGGAUCACUGAUUUGCUCUGGUGUCCGCAUCUAGACCCGCCCCGUCCAUCAAAGAAAGAUGAGCAACAAAAACUGAGCGAAGACCAAGAGGACGAACUUCUUUCUAUUGCACCUAUCAAGGGAGGCAAAAAACUAGUGGUUGGUACACAAUUGGGAAUCCUCUCGCUUUGGGCUCCCUCGCGCGGCAUGCUAGACCAUGUGGAUCGGUUCCCAGGUCAUCCAUCUAGCGUCGACGCCAUUUGCCCGCUCGAUGAUGACACAGUAUUAACGGGAUCAUCUGAUGGACUGAUUCGUGUCGUCCAGCUUUUUCCUCACCAGUUGUUAGGCAUUGUUGGCGAUCAUGAUGGCAUGCCUGUCGAAUGCCUUGUUAAGAAAGGUAAUCUAAUUGCUAGCCUUGGCCAUGGCAAUGAAUGCAAGCUUAUCGAUCUGGCACCUCUUCUUGAAGAUAAUGGCUCGGAUGUUGACGAUCAAGAUCUUCCCCAAGUGCUUCCAGCAUCUGAUACAGAUCCCACUUUUUUGCAAGGACCUGAUGCUAGCGACAGUGAUGAAGGCCAGACUAAACUUGCACCACCUUCAGCCAAACGUCGGGCCAGAGCUCGGCAUUCUAAGAAUUCUUUGACCGAUGCUUCCUCUGAAGAUCGUGCUAACUUUUUCGCAGAUCUAUAG